AACACAUUGCUGAGGGCUUCAUUCAAGCUUCGCCUCACGAUCACUAGGCGUCAGUGUUUGUGCACCUCUGUGGAUGGCAAAGCAAUGAAGAAGGACUAGCAGCGUUAGCGUGUAGCAUAGACGUCUUGACACAACAGUUUAGCCUUGAAAUUCAUCAAUUAUGCCAGUGGCGGUCAUGCCAGGGGACAAUUACGAGAAACUUCUGGAGCAGUGUGAAACGCAGGAGUUAGAGGCUCCAGGUGGAAUUGCAACUCCCCAAGUCUAUUCCCAGUUACUGUCCCUAUAUCUGUUACACAAUGACAUGAACAAUGCCAGGUAUUUGUGGAAGCGGAUUCCACAAGCAAUUAAAACGGCAAACCUGGAACUCGGAGCACUCUGGACUGUAGGACAGCAUAUCUGGCAACGAGAUUUUCCAGGCGUCUACAGUGCAAUUGCUUCUUACCAGUGGUCUGAGCCGAUUCUUCCCGUUAUGGAAUCUCUAAGAGAAUCUACCCGCAGGAGGGCUUAUGGUCUUGUGGCCCAGGCAUACACUUCAAUCAGUGCAGAAGACUUUGCCUCCUUUGUUGGAUAUUCAGUGGAAGAGGCUGUUAAGGGAGUUAUUAGUCACGGAUGGCAGGCGGAUCCCAACACCCGGAUGAUAAUGCCACAGAAACCAGAUCCGCCUCCUGUCUCUUUGGUUCCAAAUGAGCAACAGCUGGCCAGACUCACUGACUACGUGGCUUUCCUUGAGAACUGAUAAAGCCCACCCCCCAAACCCUUUCGCCCCAGUUAGCCUGGGCUAUUUCAGAGAACUGGUUCCUGUUUAUGAAUGUAACUCAGACCAACAUGCAACUAAAUCUUUAAAGCAGGCAAAUUACAGAAUUUUACCCAUUUACAGCAGCAAGGUUACCUUUUUUCAAACAGAUGUUCCUGUACAUCGGUAACAUGCCAUUAUUUACAAGCAGAAAAGGCAGGUUAUUGUUGUCCAGCAUGAAAAUUUAGCAAUGUUGUUUUUCCUUAUACAUGUUGUUUUUCCUUAUACAUGUUGUUUAGCUGCAUACAAGCUUCAUCAAAUGACUCUUUCCGUGAAUGACCGCAUUCUGUAUCUCUGUAUGCAGUCAAAAACGUUAAUGGUCUGAGACAGCUGUAAAGUAUUAAAAUUGUGAUCUGAUCCCUGUAGAUUUUCUAUUUCCCAUCACUGGUAAAAUUUGUUGUAAGGAAAUUUGGAGAUUAUGCUUUGCAAAAAUUUGCUAAAUAUUCGUGAAAUAUGAGUCAUAUUAGCAUAGGCAUACACACUACUGCAUUGUCAGUAUCUUAGAUAAGCAAGGUUUAUAUCUUAUCUUCUGAUUUUAAAUGAUUUUUCCCAGUAACAAGCACAUGAAACAAAGGUUAACCAGUGAUCAACCAGUAACUGGUUAAUAUCUUGUUCAGCUGUAUUCCACAUCUGCCUGAGGCAAGUCAGCUGGAUGAGAUCUCGGAGUGCUCUACAGUCAUCAAACAUCUGGUUGUCAGUUGAUCUUUCUGUUUUUUUCCAUCUGUCUAAGAUCAUUCUGACAGAGGGUAUUAAAAAGCGUUUGUAGUUGGCUGACAUUG